AUGGCAAGCAAAGGAAGUAAUACAGACUGCAUGUCAUGCAGCGUACUGAACUGGGAGCAGGUCAGCCGUCUGCAUGAGGUUCUUACAGAGGUGGUCCCAAUCCAUGGAAGAGGUAACUUCCCGACGCUGAAGAUAACUCUGAAGGACAUUGUUCAGACUGUUCGGAGUAGGCUGAAUGAAGCAGGCAUUGCAGUACAUGAUGUCCGUCUGAAUGGCUCUGCAGCUGGCCAUGUCCUGGUCAAGGAUAAUGGUCUGGGAUGCAAAGACCUGGAUCUCAUUUUUCAAGUUUCUCUUCCAAGUGAGGCAGAGUUUCAGUUAGUUCGAGAUGUGGUGUUGCGCUCCCUCUUGAAUUUCUUACCAGAAGGAGUAAGCAAGCUAAAAAUCAGUCCAGUAACACUGAAGGAAGCCUACAUCCAGAAGCUAGUUAAAGUGUCAACAGAAUCGGACCGUUGGAGCUUGAUAUCACUUUCCAACAAACAUGGUAGGAAUGUGGAGCUGAAGUUUGUGGACUGUAUAAGACGACAGUUCGAGUUCAGCGUGGACUCUUUCCAAAUCAUACUGGAUUCCCUGCUUUUCUACUAUGACUACUCAGAAAACCCCAUGUCAGAGCACUUCCAUCCAACUGUGAUUGGGGAGAGUAUGUAUGGAGACUUCGAAGCAGCUUUUGAUCACCUCCAGAACAAGCUGAUAGCUACCAAAAAUCCUGAAGAGAUCCGAGGUGGUGGACUUCUGAAGUAUAGUAACCUCUUAGUGCGAGACUUCAGGCCCAUGGAUAAAGAUGAGAUCAAAACAUUGGAGCGCUACAUGUGCUCCCGAUUCUUCAUAGACUUCCCAGACAUCCUGGAUCAGCAGCGCAAACUAGAGACCUACCUCCAGAACCACUUCUCCAAAGAAGAGAGGAGCAAAUAUGACUACCUCAUGAUUCUGCGCAGGGUGGUGAAUGAGAGCACUGUAUGUCUCAUGGGGCAUGAGCGAAGACAGACUCUCAACUUGAUUUCUCUGCUGGCACUCAGAGUACUGGCAGAACAGAACAUCAUCCCUAAUGCCACUACUGUUACCUGUUAUUACCAGCCAGCACCUUAUGUUAGUGAUGUGAACUUCAGCAACUACUACCUUGCGAAUGCUCCCGUGCCAUAUAGCCAGUCCUACCCGACUUGGUUGCCUUGCAAUUGAUCGUUUCACUCCAGUGUUCUUGAG